AUGUGCAACAAGGGGAAGGAGAAGGUGAAUGAAGAAUCAAUAGCCAAUUUGAAGAUGAUGGAAAAUCAUAAUAAUGAGAACAAGAGAAAGGCAAUCGUGUUGGAAGAAUCCUAUGUUGAAACUCAGAAUUCGAGGACUCCCCAAAAAGAUGUUGUUGAAGAAGAAUCAACUGAUUCUUCCAAAGAAAUUUCUCCAUUUCUUCGUUUUGGAUUCAUUGUUGAUCACAGGAAAGGAAUUCAAAAGGCUUACUCGUGCAAAUUUUGUGGCAGAAAGUUCACUAGUCCACGUGCAUUAGGUGGUCAUCAAAAUUCUCACAAAUUAGAGAGAAGUCUCAAAAAAAGGAUCCAAACUUUUAACAAUGCUUGGAUAAAUUACUCAAAUGGUGAUCAAGGGAUAAGUCUAAACACCAUCUCUCCAUUCCAUAUGGGGUGUGGAUAUCAAUAUUAUGGAUUUAACAAUAUGAUUCAGCAUGCAGGGUCAUCAAACUUUUAUGCAGGGAAUUUGUAUGGUGCAUUGCAGCAUAUUCCAGAGAUAGAUGAAGCAAAUGAAGCUAAUCAAAGCAUAAUGAAUCAAAAAGUUAAUAUGUCUGAGAUUGAAAUUGAUUCAGUUUCAGAGGGAGGUGUUGUUAGUGAUAAAGUUGAUCAGGAAGAGAAAGAGACUCAAGAGGAGGAAGCAUCCAAAGUUGAUUUAACCCUUAAACUUUGA